AUCGGUCGACUUAAAAUCUACUGGUUUCCCUUAGUUCGUUUCUCCAGGACUAUUAUGAUCCCUCACGGCCCCUCUCCCCCAGGAUGAAGUUCGCCAAGGAAUUGGAACAGGAACUAGUUCCUGAGUGGCGUGCUAAAUACUUAGAUUACAAGGUAAGGAAGGAUGCGUCUAUUUUCCUCUCUCCUACUAACUUUGUCUUGCGACCAGGCGGGAAAGAAGAAAGUCAAGGCCAUUACACGGGCCAUUCAAAAAUCCAAUCGGUCUCCCAGUCAUCCUUCCCUCCGUCGUGCGGUACCUGGACAAGGUGAUGUCCUUGAUACCCCAGUCGGUUCUCAUCGUUCCUCAUCACUUCGCCAGCCGGAGAAAAGACUGAACACGCUCGACCCGGAGCAUAGCCUUCCAAUCCCCGUGAGAAGUCCCAGCCCUACAUCUAGAUCAACCCCCAGUCAUCGACAUGAGCGUCAACCAUUACGAGUACCAGGAUCCCGGUUUUCCGCUGUUGUUGGAAGCUACGGGAGCAUUCUCGCAUCUCCCCCGCAGCAACAAUCUGGAACAUCUGAUGUGGCUUCUCUAGAGCUGCCUGACCCGGCAAUCGAUCUCAAAGAAGAGGAUAGCUUGCCAGAGCGGUAUGUCGAUCGGCGCAAUGCCCCGAAAACACCGUCACCGGUUAUCUCCCGCAAUGGUAGUAACAGAACCUUCCCUGCGAAUGCCACCCGUCGAAGCCCGUCAGUAAAGCAGCCGAGUUCGGGCAGAGCAAACAAAAGAAACACCGUUUCGGGCCCAUCUGGCCGGAGGACAUCCCAACUUCUCAAACGGGUGUUGUCAUACACAGAGUCCCCGGAGAAGUUUGCCCAAGGCGAGCCAGCCUCCGAAUUUGAUCGUAGACAGGAUGAGUUUUUCGAAUUUCUAGAUACCGAGUUGGCCAAAAUCGAGUCAUUCUAUCAAAUGAAGGAGGAAGAAGCUACUCAACGAUUAAAAGUCCUUCGAGAGCAGCUGCAUACCAUGCGAGACCAGCGAAUGCAGGAAGUCUUCAGCGCCAAUAAAUCUCGGAACCAGCAUACUGAGCCACGGCCGUCGGAUGGCUUUGGUGGAUUCGCUGGCCGUCGACUACGAGAGGCCUUUUCAGGUGGUCUGAUUGGGAAGAAUUCCAAGGCUCUGGCGGAGCUGGAUACUCCUUUUUCCUUGCAACCGCAAGAUCCGGAAACGAUCAUGAACCGCAGGGACUUCACGCGUCAGCCAGAAGAGGAGCAUUCCAAAAACGAAGUCCCUUAUCGCUCGGCAAAGAGGAAGCUCAAAUAUGCUCUUCAAGAGUUUUAUCGGGGAGUCGAGCUCUUGAAAUCUUAUGCUUAUCUCAACCGCACCGCCUUCCGAAAGAUCAAUAAAAAGUAUGACAAAGCUGUGGAUGCGCGCCCUUCAAUGCGAUACAUGUCGGAUAAAGUCAAUAAAGCAUGGUUCGUGCAGAGUGAAGUGACCGAGAGCCUCUUGGCUGCGGCGGAAGACCUCUAUGCUCGAUAUUUCGAGCGGGGCAACCGAAAAAUCGCAGCCUCUAAACUGCGCCAUACUUACAAGAAAUCUGGAGAUUAUUCACCCAAUACUUUCCGUUCCGGUCUUCUGUUGAUGGCUGGUGUUUUGUUUGCUAUCCAAAGUCUCAUUUACGCUAGCCAACAUCUAAAAGAUCCAAACCCCGCGAUACAAGUGAACACAAGCUAUCUACUCCAGGUUAGCCCUAGAUCUACGUUGCUCUGAACCCCCGAAAGACCAACUAACUUGAACAGAUAUAUGGAGGCUAUUUCUUAAUUGUU